CCUUGGAGAUGGUGCCCUGAACCUCCUGCAACAAGUAGAGGCAAGCCUCCUGGGAGGAGGAGGAGGAACACUCAGAGAGGAGAGGAAGGACCAGUUCUCCUCUUCAUCGAAACACUCAGGACCCAACAGACUCUGAUGUCUGAGGACUUGAAUCGUUUUGUUCCGCUCUGAUUAUUUUUUGUUUUCUGAGUCCAGGACAAAGAUCGACACUAAACGAGAAAUCUGUAAAGGAGGAUAAAUAAGACCAUGGCCUCCUGGUUCAGCUGGAACGAGCCGUAUUACCGGAGCCCCCGCAAGGACCCAGCCGAUGUGGUCACCGACACCCUGAUGCUGGAGUUCAGCUGGCAGCUGAAGGAGACGGAGCGGCAGCAGCGGGAGAGGGAGAGCGAAUACCGGCGCCUGAAGACCGGCGUGGACUACAGCUGGCUGGCCAGCACGCCGCGCUCCUCCUUCAACAUCAGCACCGGGGAGAGGCUGGCGCUGGAGGAGCUGUGCGCCAAGGUGCCCCCGUCCUGCUGCGGGCUGGUCAUACUCAAGUUUAGGGAUGCUCUGCAGUCCAAUGAGCCAGAGGUGAACGAGGUGUCCGGCCUUUUCCGGUCUGUCCUCCUGGAGGCUCUGGACCACCUGAAGGAGGAGCAGGAGGCACAGCGGCUGACCCGUCAGUGGAACAACAAGCGCGCCAUGAGCAUGAACUUCAAGUCCCGGAUCAAGAUCAACCCGUUCGGGAGCACGGUGGGCCUCACCUCCGCCGUGGCCAACGGGACGGGAAUGAGCGACCUGAAGACCGUGUCAGAAGACGUGGAGAAAGGGAUGGAGGUGGAGGACAGGCUGCAGAGGGUGUGGAGCAUGCCCGACUUCAGAUACAAAGGACCCAGCAGCAGCGGCAGCAAGGUGGUCUGACGUGAGGCGUUCGAGGACAGAUACGGCAACUGGACACUUCAGUGGGAGUAAUAAACCUCCAGGACUCAGACACAGGACAGUAUGUCCACUUUGAAGCAGGCCAGGAAAGAUUUUCACUUCAGUACCGCUCAGAAAUUACAGCUGCCUCCCUUUUUAUCUGACAGGGUCAUUUUCUGAACCGUGACACGUUUUUCAGCACUUCAAACAGUUUUACAAGUUGCCUGAGAUUAUCUUUUGCUUUGUUCUUACACUGUAGAAAUGUUUAUCUAAAUGGCUGAAAACUUCAGCCUUUAGGAGUUAUUUAUGUGAUUUAAAGCUUUUUUCUUGCAGAAGAAACUAUUUGUUAGGUCAGACUACCUAAAAAAUAAAAGUAAAAUAUAAAUAGAUGAGUAAAAGGCCUGUAAAGUUGUUUUUUUUUUCCUAGUAGACGUUUUAUGUAUGAGGAAGACUUUUCUAAAACAGGUACUGUAGUUCACUUUAAAGUCAGUCAAAGCGCGAGUCGCGCUCCGUGUCUCAAGCAACGCACAAGAACUCUGCAGAAAGUGUUGUCCACUGUUGGAAAAAUUAAGGCUUUUAUAUUUUCAAAAACGUCAAAAGAACAAAAAAUGUGAAGAAA